AUGCGUGAUCCGCGCCGCACCGGCCGUGGAGUCACGUGUCAGAGCGCGAGGCGUCUCCCGCGGGGGCGCUUCCUGUCACGGCUGCCUCCGCGGCCCGGGGGCCGCGGGAGGCCUGGGCGGUACCGGGCGGGAGAAGGCCCGGGUCGGUUUCGGAUCUGCCGCGAGAGCCUGUGUCUGGGUCCAGCACCGCUGCUCCCAGCCGGGUGUCCCCGGAGCCGCAGACUUGGCGGGUCUCGCCGACCCACUCACUUCGUGUCCCCCGUUCAGUUGACCACCCGCCGUACACCCAAGUCACUGAAAUCUGACGCCUUGGAGUCACUCUGA